GGCACCGGCGCGACAUCUCGUCAUGAAGGGCAGAGUUUACAAUGCAGCCGUCCGUACAACUCUGCUGUAUGGUUGCGAAACCUGGCCCGUCAAGCCGACAGACAUAAAAAGGCUGGUCAGGUUCGAUCAUCGCUGUCUUCGUAGCUUAGCUGAUGUCUGGUGGGAGCACCGCCUGAGCAGUGUGCGUGUUCGGCUUCAUGUAUUUAGUGCAAGGAGAUUGAGUGAUCCCUUCAGCACCAUUAUAUCACGCCAGACCCCAAUGGUUGGACCACAUGUUGCGUAUGCCAGCACACCGACUACUGCGACGUGCGUUGUUUACGCGCCGGGGGCGUGGAUGGAAGAAAAGGAAGGGUGACCAAGCGACGACUUGGUCGAGAGAAAUGAAAUCUCUCACCACAAAUUUGGCGUCGGUUGGUGCAUCCUGACUACCGGGAUGGGCUCCGAAAGGCGAUGAACACGUCUGGUUGGAUACACUAGUUGACAUGACAAGGAGCCGGCCCCAAUAGCGUUUGUGUUGCGAGUUUCUUUUCUCCUUCCUCAUCCUGCUUAUCUUCACCCUCCAAUCACGGUCUCUUGAUGCAUAACAUGUUACUAAGUAUUGUUUCGCCCGUUUUUUGCAUUCUAUAAUUCUCGGUAUCUUGCUUUUCGGAUGUCUUGCCUUUAUUUAUUG